CGGCGGCGGCGGGAAGAUGGCGGAGUCCGGUGGCGGCGGUGGCGCCGGUGGCGGCGGCUUCGGCGCGGGCCCGGGGCCCGAGCGCCCAAGCAGCAUGGCUGACAAAAAUGGAGCUCUCAAGUGCACCUUCUCAGCGCCCAGCCAUAGCACCAGCCUCCUGCAGGGCCUGGCUGCCCUCCGUGCCCAGGGCCAGCUCCUGGACGUUGUACUCACCAUCAACAGAGAGACCUUCCAUGCACAUAAAGUGGUCCUGGCCGCCUGCAGCGACUACUUCAGGGCCAUGUUCACGGGUGGCAUGAGGGAGGCGAGCCAGGAUGUCAUCGAGCUGAAGGGUGUGUCAGCCCGUGGCCUGAGGCACAUCAUCGACUUUGCCUAUAGUGCCGAGGUGACGCUGGACCUGGACUGUGUGCAGGAUGUGCUGGGUGCGGCUGUGUUCCUGCAGAUGCUUCCUGUGGUGGAGCUGUGCGAGGAGUUCCUUAAGGCCGCCAUGAGCGUAGAGACCUGCCUGAACAUCGGCCACAUGGCCACCACCUUUAGCCUGGCCUCGCUCAAGGAGUCCGUGGAUGCCUUCACCUUUGAACACUUCCUGCAGAUCGCAGAAGAGGAGGACUUCCUGCACCUGCCGCUGGAGCGCCUCGUCUUUUUCCUGCAGAGCAAUCGGCUGCAGAGCUGUGCCGAGAUCGAUCUGUUCCGGGCCGCAGUCCGCUGGCUGCAGCACGACCCAUCCCGGCGGCCACGGGCCAGCCACGUGCUCUGCCACAUCCGCUUCCCGCUCAUGCGGUCGUCAGACUUGGUGGACAGCGUGCAGACGCUGGACAUCAUGGUGGAGGACGUGCUGUGCCGCCAGUACCUGCUGGAGGCCUUCAACUACCAGGUGCUGCCCUUCCGGCAGCACGAGAUGCAAUCCCCACGCACAGUCGUGCGCUCGGAUGUGCCCUCCCUGGUCGCCUUUGGUGGCACGCCCUAUACUGACAGCGACCGCUCUGUCAGUAGUAAGGUGUACCAGCUGCCUGAGCCGGGUGCCCGCCACUUCCGGGAGCUCACAGAGAUGGAGGUGGGCUGCAGCCACACGUGCGUGGCUGUGCUAGACAACUUUGUGUACGUGGCCGGGGGCCAGCACCUGCAGUACCGCAGUGGUGAGGGUGCUGUGGACGCCUGCUACCGCUAUGACCCCCACCUGAACCGCUGGCUGCGCCUGCAGGCCAUGCAGGAGAGCCGUAUCCAGUUCCAGUUGAACGUGCUGUGUGGCAUGGUGUAUGCCACGGGUGGCCGCAACCGGGCUGGCAGCCUGGCCUCAGUCGAGAGGUACUGCCCACGGCGCAAUGAGUGGGGCUACGCCUGCUCUCUGAAGCGCCGCACCUGGGGCCACGCGGGUGCCUCAGAGGGGGGCCGCCUCUACAUUUCAGGCGGCUAUGGCAUCUCUGUGGAAGACAAGAAGGCGCUGCACUGCUACGACCCUGCCGCUGACCAGUGGGAGUUUAAGGCACCCAUGAGCGAGCCCCGUGUACUUCACGCCAUGGUGGGUGCUGGCGGCCGCAUCUAUGCCCUGGGUGGCCGUAUGGACCACGUCGACCGCUGCUUUGACGUGCUGGCGGUGGAGUACUAUGUGCCCGAAACAGACCAGUGGACCAGUGUGAGCCCCAUGCGGGCUGGCCAGUCAGAGGCCGGCUGCUGCCUACUGGACAGGAAGAUCUACAUCGUGGGGGGCUACAACUGGCGCCUCAACAACGUGACGGGCAUUGUGCAAGUAUACAACACAGAGACGGACGAGUGGGAGCGUGACCUGCACUUCCCAGAGUCCUUUGCAGGCAUUGCCUGUGCCCCUGUCCUGCUGCCCCGGUCGGGGACCAGGAGGUAGCUCCUGGGACCCCUGGGGCCUGGCCCGGCCUCAUGCUAUCUCUGUGAGGGCUGUGUUGAGUGCACACUGGGGCCACAAACCACAGAACACCCCCUGUCCCGGUCCAUGGGCUGACAUCUUGGGGCCCAUUGUGUUGAUAAGGCCCCCUCCUGGGGUUUCUCCUUCCUUCCUAGAGCAGAUCCUGGCUUUGUGCCCUCUGAGGAAGCCUGCCAGUGGUGAGGCUGACAUGUCAUGGCAGCAGAUUCACAUCUAAGGAAAGGAGGUUUCCUCACCUGUCCCACAUCCCCGCUCAUGGAGGGAAUCGGGGUCUCCUUUGAGGUGUUGUGUGGCUUUGUCCCACUUCUUUCCUCCUCUAGCUCGGCAGUUUCAGACAUUUGGAUGUGAACUCAUGAACAUUGAUCCCCAAAUCCAUGGUUUGCACCCUGCCCCCUUCCCAAGUUUCUCAUGUCAUAUAUUUUUUACAAUAAACACCACCCCAAACUCUGUAACACAUGGACCUCUAGGAGCCCAUGAGUUGGCAGGGAAAAACCCAGCUCAGAGUUGACCUUGAGGGUGGGCAUGUUUCUGUCUCAAGUAAGCCUGGGCUGCUUGGGUGGGAGGGUGGGCUUGGAGGAGAGUCUUGCACUUGUUUUCACGCCUGUCCUGGGUCCUGUACCUGUGGUGUGUUCGGUUGUUCACUUCCAGAAGCCAGCUCUCAGAGAUGGUCCUUAAAGUUGGCCUUCCUUCCACCUGGCGCUGGGCGUCUCCUGGGGCCUUGAUGAGGAGCGAGCCGAGAUGCCCCCGUUCUCGUCCUCACCCCCUGGUUCAAGGGGCACACCUGCUUUAGAACUCACAGUGUGUCUGCUUUCCACAAGUCUAAUAAUUUCUUUUUCUCUCCCUUUUUCCAGCCAUCUACUCCUGCCUUGUCCCGUGUUCAGGUUGUCAUGCCACCAGGCCUGUGCCCAGUCAGCAAGGCAAGCUGGGUGGGUGGUGUGUCCUCUUCCUUUCAAGGGCUUUGUGGCAUCUCUGGCCACAUUUGUUUUGGUGUCAAACCUCUAAAGCUGGUUUUUGGUUUUUUUGGUUUUAUUUUGGUUCUGUUUUGCUUUUUUUUAAGACACCGGCAUUGCUGUCUUAUAAAUGGGAUUUGUACCCUUGGGGCAACUUAAAGUGUCUCUUCUGCUGCUAAUGGACGAUUGAUGUCGUGUCUCUGUGACCCACUCACCGUGUAAAGAAUUAACCUCAUAUCUUAGCAGAUGUCAUCUCCUAAUGUUUUCCUUCAUUUAAUAAAAAUGUUACGGUGAAAA